CAGAGGCCAACCCCUGAGACACCCGACGCGAAACGCGAAAAACCACUUGUGCGUGUGUCGAUCCUGCUCGUCGCGUCGUCGCUUCCCUUCUUCGAUCGCUCGUCCGACAAUCCGUUCUGGUUCUCGCCGCGAUUCUCGUCCCCUUCGACGAGAGAGAGGCCUCUCCUCGUGUCUGUCCGACCGUCUUCUCUUCUCCGACUCUUUCUACUUUUGUCUGCCCUCGCCCGGAACUCGUCCCGCCCGAGAGGGCGACAUUCGCCGGAUCGAAAGUGAUCUAUGCCGAUCGCGGGCGAGAUAUAAAUCGUCGUGAGGUGUAGCGUCGAUACGACAAACGGAGUGUAAUAUGUUUAAACUGGUCGCGAGGGAAAGUAACGUUCGAUUUUGUCCGAUCGUGACGCGAAGAAUUAAUCGUACGAUCAAUCCGGACGAUUUUUCGCGAUUUAAGACUGAAGAUCUGCUGAGAGUUUAAUCGGCGUUGCUCCAGAACGAAUCCGAAGGGGAAAAAAGAGCGAAUCUUCUUCAGUCGAGAUUCUUCCCCCUUCCCUCCUUUUUUCGCGCGCGAAAUCCGCGCCGGCAUAAAAAUAGAAACUGUCAUUCGAUAAAUCGAUUUCGCAUUGCCGAGACUACCGUUUGAGGAAACUGUGAAUGUAUAGUAAAACAUUGUUUCCCGGUUGUGCGUGUGUGCACGUGUGAAAGUACUAUCUACGUGAGCUGCAGUAGAACAUCAUGAGUGCAUCCGGCGCCAUUCCCCUGAUCCUGGCGAAGAAGGAGCAGAUCGUCGAAGGCGAUGGAGGCGGUGCAGGCGGAGAUGGCGAUCCUAUUGUCGGCAGCACUAAUUCCGAGAAAAAAUCAGGAUAUGAGACCAAUCUGUACCUCUACAGUGAGGAGAUGGAGGAUCGGCCGCGGAUCUCGACAUUGCUCAACAGCUUGGCCAACUAUAGCAACACGAUUCCGGCUGCGACUGACCCUGAUAGCAAACCGGCACCAGCUGCUGGGGGUGGAGCGCGAAUGGGUACCCUCAUAGGCGUCUAUCUGCCAUGUAUCCAAAAUAUCUUUGGCGUAAUCCUCUUUAUCCGAUUAACAUGGGUAGUUGGUACGGCUGGCGCUAUUCAAGGUUUCUUCAUCGUCCUUUGCUGCUGUUGCGUAACGAUGCUGACGGCGAUCAGCAUGAGUGCCAUCGCCACCAAUGGCGUGGUACCAGCCGGUGGUUCCUAUUUCAUGAUAUCGAGAAGCUUAGGCCCGGAAUUCGGCGGUGCCGUAGGUAUGCUGUUUUACACCGGUACUACUUUGGCUGCUGCGAUGUACAUCAUCGGUGCGGUUGAAAUCGUCCUCACUUACAUGGCACCGUCACUCAGCAUAUUCGGUGACUUUACGAAGGAUGCUAGUAUAAUGUACAACAACUUCCGGGUAUAUGGCACUGGCCUGCUUCUGAUAAUGGGAACAAUUGUCUUCGUUGGCGUAAAGUUCGUUAACAAGUUCGCUACAGUGGCACUGGCCUGCGUCAUUCUCUCCAUCGUUGCUGUUUACGUGGGACUCUUCGUGAACUUUAACGGCAACGAAUCUCUGAAAAUGUGCAUACUCGGCAGAAGACUAUUAAAGGACAUCAACAUUCUAGCGGAUUGCAAUAAAAACGUUAGCGGCGUCUUACAUGGCAUGUAUUGCGGUAACAACACCCGUAGUAAAUGUGAUCCGUAUUACACCGAGAACAACGUUACUAUUGUCAACGGUAUUCGUGGCUUGGCCAGUGGCGUCUUCUUGGAGAACAUAUGGGACAAUUUUCAAGAGGAGGGCCAAUUAAUCUCAUACGGGUCCGAUCCGAAGGACAUGGAUGUCCUGUCAGGUUCGAGCUACAAUCAGAUUCAAGUCGAUCUCACCACGACCUUUACCAUUCUCAUCGGUAUAUUCUUUCCUUCCGUAACAGGAAUCAUGGCGGGCUCCAAUCGAUCCGGUGAUUUAGCUGAUGCCCAGAAAUCCAUCCCAAUUGGCACAAUCUGCGCGAUUCUGACGACUUCUACCGUCUAUCUGUCUAGCGUCUUACUCUUUGCCGGGACCGUUGACAACUUGCUACUACGCGACAAGUUUGGUCAAAGUAUCGGCGGCAAGCUAGUAGUGGCAAAUAUGGCGUGGCCGAAUCAAUGGGUGAUUCUGAUCGGUUCUUUCUUGUCCACUUUGGGCGCCGGCCUACAAUCAUUGACGGGAGCGCCACGACUGCUACAGGCGAUUGCUAAGGACGGCAUCAUUCCUUUCCUGACGCCGUUUGCCACCAGCUCCAGUCGGGGCGAACCUACGCGUGCCCUAAUACUCACCAUAUUGAUCUGCCAAUGUGGUAUCCUACUCGGCAACGUAGACUACCUGGCACCGUUGCUGUCCAUGUUCUUCCUCAUGUGCUACGGCUUUGUAAACCUCGCCUGCGCACUGCAGACCCUGCUGCGCACGCCCAAUUGGCGACCGCGCUUCAAGUAUUAUCACUGGAGUUUGUCGUUCCUUGGUUUAUCACUCUGCAUUGCUAUCAUGUUCAUGACCAGUUGGUACUACGCAUUGCUAGCGAUGGGUAUGGCCGGCUGUAUUUACAAAUAUAUCGAAUAUCGCGGCGCUGAAAAGGAGUGGGGCGAUGGUAUUCGCGGUCUGGCGCUAUCUGCCGCUAGAUAUUCGCUGCUUAGACUCGAGGAGGGCCCACCGCACACGAAGAACUGGCGCCCGCAGAUCCUAAUCCUCGCCAAACUCACUGAUGAUCUGGUGCCCAAGUAUCGCAAACUUUUUGCCUUUGCUAGCCAGCUAAAGGCCGGCAAAGGUCUCACCAUCAGUGUCAGCUGCAUUGCCGGCGAUUAUACACAGAACUCGGGCGAAGCAUUGGCAGCCAAACAGAGCUUGAAAAAGACCGCGUCUGAAGAAAAAGUUAAGGGUUUUGUCGACGUUCUCGUGGCAAAGAAUGCCGUCGAUGGCCUAAGCUCGCUGAUACAAAUUACCGGGUUAGGCGGAUUGAAGCCUAACACAGUGAUAUUGGGUUGGCCAUACGGUUGGCGGCAAUCAGAGGAAGAGAGAACCUGGCGAGUCUUCCUGCAAACCGUGAGAAGCGUCCAGGCUGCCAAGAUGGCGUUAUUAGUACCCAAGGGCAUCAACUUUUUCCCAGAUUCCAGCGAGAAGAUAAUCGGCAAUAUCGAUGUUUGGUGGAUAGUACACGAUGGCGGUCUACUGAUGCUACUACCGUUCUUAUUGAAGCAGCAUCGCACCUGGAAAAACUGCAAGAUGAGGAUUUUCACAGUCGCGCAGAUGGAAGAUAAUUCCAUACAGAUGAAGAAAGAUCUGAAGAAAUUUCUGUACGACCUGAGAAUCGAAGCAGAAGUCGAAAUCGUCGAGAUGACGAAUACCGAUAUUUCUGCGUACACGUACGAACGUACCCUAAUCAUGGAGCAGAGGAAUCAGAUGUUACGCGAGCUACAAUUGAACAAGAAACAGUCGCUAGGAGUGGUGCAGUCAUUGGUGGACUUCAACGAGGUACCAGCCGAGGAAAAAUUACCUCUGGUGCAGGCAAUCGUGGACCACCAUCAUAACAUCGACGCCAAAAUACCGACGAAGGUGAGAUUCCAGGAGCCGGGUAACCAAAAUGUAACCGACGACACGAAGGAGAAAUUGAUGCAGGAAACCGAAUUGAACAAUAAAGAACCGGAUGUCGCCGAGGAGGCGAACGAAAAAGAAGAGGCUAAGGAAAACAAUGAUGAAGAAACAAAAGUUACCGGCGGUUCGCCCAAGACGGAGAACAAGGAGAAUACAGAGAGGGAGGAGAAAGAGUGUAAUGCGCAAGAGAACAAGAGUCAGAGUCCGGAAGUUAAGAAACCCACGAUUACACCCGACGAGGGUGAUGUAAGGCGUAUGCACACUUCGUUGAAAUUGAAUGAGGUAAUCCGAAAGAUGAGUAGCGAAGCUCAGCUGGUUAUUUUGAAUCUUCCUGGUCCGCCAAGGGACACCAAGAUGGAACGUGAAUCUAACUAUAUGGAAUUCCUCGAGGUGCUUACCGAAGGCUUGGAAAGGGUACUGAUGGUGCGGGGUAGCGGACGGGAAGUGAUCACCAUCUAUUCGUGAACUAAAGUGAUGGGAAUUGAUGCCGCUGUCUUGCGAAAGCAGAGCUCUAGUUUAUUUUUCAGUGACCUAAACGACACCUUCUUCAGGAACACGCCGUUCUUGUGCCAUUGUCUGUGCAGUCACUUGCGUCGCGCGCUCUGAAAGUCAUUAAGGGAAGAGAGAUGAUGAUAACUGACAAGGACGAUGGCGGUCGUCCGUCUAUGUCGGACACGAAGCUUCAUUGAAGCCGGCUUAUCGCGCGAACUGGGACGACCGAUCGUCGUUCGAUGAUGAAACGAAACCAAAAAAAAAAAAAAAAAAAAAAACACAUGACGAUACCAAAGGAUAAGUUUCUUUUAAAUGGAUUUCUGAACGCGUCGGUUUAUGUGUCAGACAUAUACAUGUCAGGGUCGCAGCGAGGACUAUUCAGUUUCAAAUUCAGACAGCC